AUGGGGAAUACUUGUGUGGGGCCCGCCAUCACCAAAAAUGGAAUCUUCCAAUCAGUCUCUGCUGCCAUGUGGCGGUCCCGGAUCCCCACCCCCAAUGCCGGCGAAGAGAGCUCUCACCAAGACAAGCCAGAUAUCGAGCCCGUUCAGAGCACACCCCCCGAACAACUAACAAUGCCAAAGCCCGAACAAGAACCGAAAAAUCAAGAACCAAAAGAAAAAGAAGAAGAAGAAGAAGAAGAAGAAAUGGAAAACAAGCCGGAAAAGCCGAUGAAGAGGAACACGAGCGCGGGACUCAGAACAGACUCAGUCCUCCAGGGCAAAACCGGGAACUUGAAGGAAUUCUUCAGCAUUGGUAAAAAACUUGGGCAGGGGCAGUUUGGGACUACUUUCAUGUGCGUUGACCGGUCAACGGGCACGCAAUACGCGUGCAAGUCGAUCGCCAAGCGGAAGCUGCUGACCGAUGAUGACGUGGAGGACGUGAGGCGGGAAGUACAGAUAAUGCACCAUUUAUCGGGCCACCCAAACGUGAUAUCAAUAAAGGGGGCAUAUGAAGAUGCUGUGGCUGUGCAUGUGGUGAUGGAGUUAUGUGCUGGCGGGGAGCUUUUUGACAGGAUUAUAAAACGGGGCCACUAUACGGAGAGGAAAGCGGCUGAGCUGACUAGGACGAUAGUUGGGGUGGUAGAGGCGUGCCAUUCGCUAGGGGUGAUGCAUCGGGAUUUGAAACCCGAGAAUUUCUUGUUUGUGGACAAUAAGGAGGAGUCGCUACUCAAGACUAUUGAUUUCGGGCUCUCGGUUUUCUUCAAGCCCGGGGAAAAAUUUAAUGAUGUGGUGGGAAGUCCAUAUUAUGUUGCACCUGAAGUUCUUAGAAAGCGUUAUGGUCCUGAAGCUGAUGUGUGGAGUGCCGGAGUCAUUGUCUACAUUUUACUGAGUGGAGUUCCCCCAUUUUGGGCUGAAAGCGAGCAAGGAAUAUUUGAGCAAGUCCUGCAUGGUGAGCUUGACUUCUCAUCUGACCCUUGGCCGAGUAUAUCCCAAGAUGCAAAAGAUUUGGUAAGGAAAAUGCUCGUGCGGGACCCAAAACGGCGUUUAACUGCCCAUGAAGUCCUGUGCCACCCGUGGGUUCAAGUUGAUGGUGUGGCGCCUGACAGGCCUCUUGACUCUGCAGUUUUAAGUCGCAUGAAACAUUUUUCUGCAAUGAAUAGACUCAAGAAAAUGGCUCUUAGGGUUAUUGCAGAGUCCCUAUCUGAAGAUGAAAUUGCCGGGCUAAAAGAAAUGUUUAAGAUGAUAGAUACGGAUAACAGUGGUCAAAUCACGUUUGAAGAACUCAAGGUUGGACUAAAGAGAGUUGGUGCCAACCUAAAAGAGUCUGAGAUUUAUGAUCUAAUGCAAGCGGCUGAUGUCGAUAACAGUGGAACAAUUGAUUAUGGAGAGUUUAUAGCCGCAACAUUGCAUCUCAACAAAAUCGAGAGAGAGGAUCACCUUUUUGCUGCUUUCUCGUACUUCGAUAAAGAUGGGAGUGGUUACAUCACCCCUGAUGAGCUUCAACAAGCUUGUCAAGAGUUUGGUUUUGAUGAUUCUCGCCUUGAAGAGAUGAUCCGAGAAGUUGACCAGGACAAUGAUGGCCGUAUUGAUUAUAACGAGUUUGUUACUAUGAUGCAAAAGGGGAACCCAAUAUCUGGUGCUGGUAAAAGAGGAUUGGAGAAUAGCUUCAGCUUAAAUAUUCGGGAGGCAUUGAAACUGACAUAAUCCUCCUCCUGCAAUGAUUCUUUCAUUUCCCGUCAUUCUUUUUUUCCCUUUUUGCCCUUCAUUGGGAGAAUCUAUGGUGUUGUGAGUUUGUUGAGUAAAGAAAAGCUGGGGCAUGGAGAGCGUUGAAAAUAUUGGAAAUGUCGCUCCACCCACAUUUAACCAUUACUGUUUCGAUCUCUCCUUCUAUUUCUUUCCUUCUUUCUUUCUUUCUUUUUAUUUGUUUUUUGUUGCAUAAGUUAUCUUGUAUACUGCAUGAAGACACUAGAAUACCUUCUCUCUUUUCUUUUUUCUUUCUUUCUUUUUUUCCUUGUAAUAUUGUAUUCAGGCAAUGUGGAAAGGCAUAAUUUGAGCACCUGUUUCUUGACAUGUGAUGUUGCUUCCAUUUUGUUCGUGUGCCUGGGUUGGAUAUAAUGGGCUUUGAGAUUUGGGUGGAUAGAGGUGCCAUUGCAGAUGAUUCAUGAUUUAUUAGAAUGAACACACUGCUAAACUUUUACUACAUUUUAAACGGUACUGAUAUUUGUUUAUUUAUUUGUUUA